GCUCCUCGCCGAGGAGGUGGCGGAGGGCGGUUCUGUGUAACGGAGCCGCUCAGCGGCCCUCUGGUGGCCUGGGAAGUAGUGGUUACGAGCACGGGCGCGGGUGUCACACCUACUGUGUAUCCUAUCCUGGCUCUGCUCGCCUGAGGCCCGGAGGGAUGACUUGAACUCUGGCCCUGUGAUGGGAAUGGUUCUUUCCUACCUUGCAGAGGAGUUGCGAGGGUUAGAGGAAAUUGUCUUGGUUGACAAGUUUCUCGUGGCGCAGGUUCUUGUCUUAAGAGCAAAAGAAACAGCUCUGAUUCUGAAGAACUAGAUGCUUCUCCCUCAGUGCUGAGGAGAAUUAGGAGCUGUUUUCUGGGGAACUGAGGAAUGUGCCCUUGGGGGCCCACGAGAACAGAAGGAAGAUGCUCCAGACCAGUAACUAUAGCCUGGUGCUCUCCCUGCAGUUCCUGCUGCUGUCCUAUGACCUCUUUGUCAAUUCCUUCUCAGAGCUACUCCGAAUGGCUCCUGUCAUCCAGCUGGUGCUCUUCAUCAUCCAGGAUAUUGCAGUCCUCUUCAACACCAUCAUCAUUUUCCUCAUGUUCUUCAACACCUUCGUCUUCCAGGCCGGCCUGGUCAACCUCCUCUUCCACAAGUUCAAAGGGACCAUCAUCCUGACAGCUGUGUACUUCGCCCUCAGCAUCUCCCUUCAUGUCUGGGUCAUGAACUUACGCUGGAAAGACUCCAACCGCUUUGUGUGGACUGAUGGACUUCAAACGCUGUUUGUAUUCCAGAGGCUAGCGGCAGUGUUAUACUGUUACUUCUACAAAAGGACAGCUGUGAGCUUGGGCGAUCCUCGUUUCUACCAGGACUCCGUGUGGCUGCGCAAGGAGUUCACACAAGGCCGAAGGUGACUUGUCAUACUGUUGGAUGCCUUUCCUUCCUGACGGGAGCCAUGUUUGCAGCUCUGCAGGGGGGAAGUUCGCCCUUUGCACCAGGAAGCAGCUUGGCUUUCCCAGGACAGGCCCAGGCCAGUUGUGUUCAGCAGCCAAGAAGCAAGAUCCUCCCUUUUGCAAAUUAAAGUGUUCUCCAAUACAGACUCUAGAACAUACAUCAUCUGUUCCUGGCCUCCUGUCUCAGUUCUGCCCUCUUCCACCUCUUCCUCCCAGGAAAAGGAGCUUCCCACCUAGCCUGGCGCAGGAGCUCCCAGCAUCUGUACUCUUUGCACCACAUACUAAGAACCAAAUGAUACAAAGAGGGAUGUUUCUGUACUCCUGAUAACACCUUGGAUGUUUAGAUUUUAUACCGAAGGCACUUUUUUUUUUGACAUUUUAUAAAUAGGAAAUAAAUUGAAUUUUUUUCCAUAAA